ACCAUCCCUAGACUCUCAUAUAAAAGCACGGGACCAGGCCAAGGCCUCUCCGUGCUCUGGAAUCAGCUCUCCUCAUACCUCCUCCCGAAACCCUUCGAACGCCUCUCCUCCUCCACCCGGUAACUUCAUCAGCCUCCCUUCCCCCCCUCCUCCUCCUCGGUCGUCAUGGCACCCAAGAAAGCGGAACCGAAGAAGUUCGAGCCCAAGAAGCCCGAGCCCAAGGCGGCAGCGGCGCCGCCCGCACCCAAGGCGGCUCCGGCGCCGGAGCCUGAGCCGGAGCCCCCAAAGGAGCCCGACUUUGACCCCAAGAGCAUCACGCUGGAGUUCAGCGGCGACCAGAUCGAGGAGUUCAAGGAGGCCUUCACCCUGUUCGACCGCACGCCUAAAGGCGAGAUGAAGAUCACGUACGCCCAGUGCGGCGACGUCAUGCGCGCCCUGGGCCAGAACCCAACCAACGCCGACGUGCUCAAGGUGCUGGGCAAGCCGCGGCCCGAGGAGAUGAGCAGCAAGCUGGUGGACUUUGAGACCUUCCUGCCCAUGCUGCAGCACAUCUCCCGCUCCAAGGACCAGGGCAACUUUGAGGACUUUGUUGAGGGCCUGCGGGUGUUCGACAAGGAGGGCAACGGCACCAUCAUGGGGGCGGAGCUGAGGCACGUGUUGGCCACGCUGGGCGAGCGCAUGACGGAGGACGAGGUGGACCGGCUGAUGGCGGGACAGGAAGACGCCAACGGGUGCAUCAACUACGCCUCCUUCGUCAAGCACAUUCUCUCCGGGUGAGGCCCGUUAAGGGGGAGAGAGGGGGGAGACACCCAUUAGGACUGUGAUGGAAAGAAAGAAAAGCUCCUCUAUUCUGGAUCAUUGUUUUUUGCUCUUUUUUCGAUGUUUUGUUGUUUAGGAAGGUGAGCGUUUUUUUCCAACAUUGGCCGAUAUGCUUUCCACUACAAAAUGGCUUGUCCCCAAAGAGAAAUGAUAAAAAUGUUAAAAAAAACGAUGUGUACACAGAGAGACAGCCAAUACAAUGAAAUGCUGCGGAGAUGACAGAAGUCGAUAUGACCUGAAUAAACAAUGUGUAAUUAC